GCGGGCGUCACAGCUCGCCGGUCCCAAUUCUAACUUUGGGGUUUAUAUAGAAGAUCAGUUAAAACUGGCAGUUGUCCGUCCGCGUCGUGAUCAGAAAAUACUACAUGAUGCAAUCCUGGUUCAUUAAACAAAAACAACUGUUUUGGUGAUCUUCUAAAACCAGCAAGAAAGCGAGUAACUUGCGAUUUAUUUUCUUAAUUUUGAUACACUGUUUCCGAAUUUGACCUUAUUUUUAUUAUAGAACGUAGCAUUCGACAAGUUUUUAAACGAAAUGUUUAUCAUCGGCCGGCCACGUCGAUACUAUGGUAAAUACCAUCAAGACGGUGUAUUCGCUCAGCACAAUUGCUGUUUCUCGGACGAAUUCUUUCCCUGUUUUUAAAAAUAGAGUCGCUGUUCCCCCGGUGCACCGUUUAAUCCUAUUUAGCACUAUUUAGUAUAAAAACUAAUAGAGUACCUUUGAAACCGGAAUGUGGCUACAAUGGGCUCUAAGACGUAGGAAAGUCAGCUCCACAGCAAGUUGAAGAACCUGUUGUCGACUACCCUGGUAUCUAGCAGAGGAACGCAAAGAAAAAGGAUACCAAUGGCCUGACCUCACAUUUUGUUUUCUUGUUGCAGCUAUACAGUUGUCAGGUCUGGUGCCCCAGCGACCACUAUGAAUCUGACUGAUUAUUUUGAAGAUUUGAAGUCAGUGAGGAUUUCAGGACCACCACCUGUUCCCGCUGGCAAGUUUUCGCAGGAUCCAGGCUGUGGUGUUAGCAAGGGAUGUUUCAGCAACUGUGAGAACCAAGUGUGCGACUGGGAAUCUUCCUGGGAAGAACAGGGCUCUGACUACCGCAUUGUGCUCAGGUCCACCUUCAGCGCAGACAACAAGUACCUCUCUCUGGGCUUCAAUUCAUUACUGGGAAAAAUGGUAGACUGAACUGGGUCUAGAAUACAAUCAAUUUAUAUAUAAGUUAUAUAUAACGCUUCAAAACUGCUUUGUAUUGUUUGCAUUUAUAACUUGGUUUUAUUUUGACCAGAUGAUAGUCCUUUGGAAGUUUAAAAAAGGUAAACUAGGAAAAAAACAACAUCGAGAACGAUGAAGAAAAGAACAACAGCAGCAACAAUAUAACAAUAGCAGCAGUAACAACAAAAACACAGCAAAAAACAACAAUAUCAACAAGGGACAUGCCAAUACUACCGAAACCAUAAACAGCAACAGCAAAACAAAAUAUAACAAUUACUGUAUAGCAAGAAAAACGGUCACAAAACCUACAGUUAAAACAGCAAAACAAACAUCCCUUGACAACAUUGCUGUUUAAGAAAUAAAUACCGAAGUCAUGAUAGUUCAUAAGAAAAAAAUAAAUAUACAUUUCAGGGUAUAAUAUCAGUUU